CGAGAGGAGGAGGAGCAUGCUGUGCAGCGGGGUAGGCUCCUCAAUUUCCAACUUAGCAUCUUGGCAUUGAGGACAUUUUCCCAUGCAGGCAGAGCCCCCCCUCCCCUGUAGUCUGACUGCAUGCUCACCAAAAAAUAGUCAUGAGAGUGGACGAGCAACUUUCAUAGAAGGAAAGCAACAAAGUGGACUGAUAAGAAGAAAGAGUUCUUUUUUGGCUGUUUUUUACCGUAAGGAGCAAGAAAAGGGAGGUGGGGGAAAGGGGCCAGAAGGUCCUCACACACACAGCUGUCUCUAUGCGCCCCUGAGGUCCUAAAAAAGUAAGAAAAAGGAAAAGUGGAGGGGGCAAAGUGAGCUGCAGCAGCUAUGGCGUAUCCUCAGGGCUACUUGUACCAGCCGUCAGCCUCCCUGGCCCUCUACUCGUGUCCCGCAGCCUACGGCACCAGCGUCAUAUCGGGACCCAGGACCGAGGAGCUCGGCAGGUCCUCCUCCGGGUCCGCGUUCGCGCCCUAUGCCGGAUCCGCCACCACCGCCGCCGCCGCUAACACCGCCGCUGCUGCCGCGUCCGCAGCUGCAGCAGCAGCCGCCGCCGCCGCCUUCAGCGGAGGCUCGCCAGGGUACAACUCGCACCACUUACCGUACGGCGCGGACGCGGCGGCGGCUGCUGCGGCCACCUUCACCUCGUACGUGAGUUCCCCCUAUGACCACACGACAGGCAUGGCAGGCUCCAUAGGCUACCACCCUUACGCAGCGCCCCUGGGCACCUACCCGUACGGUGACCCGGCCUACCGCAAGAACGCCACCCGGGACGCCACGGCCACCCUGAAGGCCUGGCUCAACGAGCACCGCAAGAACCCGUACCCCACCAAGGGCGAGAAGAUCAUGCUCGCCAUCAUCACGAAGAUGACCCUCACCCAGGUGUCUACCUGGUUCGCCAACGCCCGCAGGAGACUCAAGAAGGAGAACAAGAUGACGUGGACGCCCCGGAACCGCAGCGAGGACGAGGAGGAGGACGAGAACAUCGACCUGGAGAAGAAUGACGAUGAUGAGCCUCCUCAUAGUAAUAAUAACAAACAAGACAAGACUCAAGAUUCAUCAGAUACUGAAGCAGAUGCCAAAAUGCUGCACCCGGUGGACUGUGACAGGUUCAAAGAGGACACCAUACACGGCAAGGACGUGGACCCCCUCCUGAGCGACUCGGAGUCCAAAGACCAGGAGGAGCGGACUACCACAUCCGAGUUGUUAUUGGAUUCUGCCGGUAAGGCCACCACGUCGUCCCCCUCGGCGGCGGGGGUCGUGGUAGUGGUGGGGAGCCGCGGACCCCAGGACAAGCCGUCGGACUUGAGCCUGCACGCCCCCACCUCCGUCAUCCACUCGCCGCCUUCUGCGCCCAAACCCAAACUGUGGUCCUUAGCGGAGAUCGCCACCUCCUCGGACCGGUGUAGAAGCAGCAGUGGCGAGGCACAGCGAGGAGGAGGCGGGGAGCAGCAGCAGCCUUGCUCCGCCGUCAUGGGCCCCGCUGCGGUGUCUCCUCCGCGGUCCUCUCCGCAGUGCGGCGUCCUUUCCCGGCCUCUGUACUACACGUCGCCCUUCUAUCCGGGCUACACGAACUAUCACGGGGGCACUUUUGGACACCUCCACGGCAGCCCGGUCACCACAGGCUCCCCCAGCACGGCGCACUUCAAUGGAUUAAACCAGACUGUAUUAAAUAGAGCAGAGGCUUUGGUGAGGGACAAAGUGAGGGUAGAUCUUUGUAAAGACUCCCCUUACGAACUGAAGAAAGGUAUGUCAAACAUUUAACAACUCCAACUGUGGACUAUUUUAAUUUAUUUCUUUUUUUGGGAAGGUUGCAAAACAUUACUGAACAUUAUCACACCCUAAUGGAAAUGUUGAGUUUCUCAAAUGGUGUAACAAGGAUGAUGGUCUUAUAAUGGCUGCAGCCGCCGGAAGUGAUUUGUAUUAAAAGACUAACAUGUA